CGAGCCGAGCCGAGAGGGGCCGGCGCAGCGCGCCGCCGCCCCCCCGGACGGGGCUGGCCCCGCGCUCCAGGCCGCGCUCACCGGGACCCUCGCCUCGCCCCGGAGCCAGCACCGGGGGAGGGGGGACGCUGCCGGACACCGCUGCGGAAAGAACCAUCAUGCAAAGUGGAAGGAAAACCGAAACUGCUCUUUUAGCAAAAAAAUAUUGGCUUUCAGCCCCUUUCAUAUGUUUUCAUUUUACUUCAUAAUGGGAGGAGCACGAUUCUCUGAAUCAUUGAGGCAAAAUUUGGGCAUCAUUGGCUGAAGAUAAGGUGAAAGAAGACUUGAAAAUGUGUCGAUACUCUAUGACUAUUAAUUCAGACAAACCUUUCACAAAGGGGAAUAGUGGUUAAAAGCCCCACAGUCUCAUCUAAAGGAGCUAAUGAAGGAUUUCUCUUCAUUUUUUCUUUCUUCCCUUUCUCCCAUGAGUCUAAAAAGAGAAAGAUGGAAAGAGUGUAUAUAGAAAUCGAAAUAAGAAGAAGGCUGAAGAAAGUAGCUUCAGUUUUUAAGUGUGUUUUCCAAGUGCUGUAAAUUCCCUAAAUAAUCAAAUUCAACCCAUUGUUUUGAAUAAAUUAUAUCUUUUUGUGAUCAGUGAAGGUUUUUUUUUUUUUUUUUUUUUUUGGUCAGCUCUAGGAGUGGAAUUUGACCUGAUUGAAAGUAUUAACACAGAAAACGUAUGGCUCUGAUUCCUGUUUUCAAAUCAAAGUUUACAAGUUAUCAAAGAAUAGUGUUUUGGUUUCUUUCAGUUUCUGACUGUGUAUUGUCAACCUGCAUUUUGUAUGUUUAUCUCGGAGACUUUACUUUCUCCCUAUUUUAGUGUUUAUACUGUAGUGUUGUAUUUGAGAAAAAUGUGAACAGACAAGGCACCUGAGAUUUAACUUCUCAACAGCCUUGCUAUUUCAAUGUUCUAGCUCAAAUUACAAGUAAUCUGAGUAUCUGUUAGAAUGUGCAGUAAACACUAAGUCUUUUCUUCGAAGAAAAAAAUGCCUUAAGAUGCUCAUGCUUGUGCUAACUGGAUCAAAGCUUGAUAUCUGAACAUUGUGUUUUGUUAGGAAGUGCGUGCCUGGGGAAGAGGAGCUGCCUAAUGGAUCAUGGCUCUGAUGCUUACAGGGCAUACCUUAUUUCUAGCAUUAAUGAUGUUUGCUGUCUUCACUUUUGAAGAAUCUGUAAGCAAUUACUCUGAUUGGGUGACUUUCAUGGAAAAUGUAGGUCAAUAUGAGAAACAGAAACUUGAAGGUCUUGGUGCUGAGCAGAAGCUGAAAAAAACAGUUCUUCAUCCAAGUUUGUAUUUCGAUGCUGAAGAUGUCCAUGCACUGAGGCAGAAAGCUCACACAAGCCACUCACAUCUAUUUAGAACUAUCAGAAGUGCAGUGAUAGUUAUGCUAUCCAACCCAUUAUACUACCUACCUCCACCCAAGCAUGUUGAUUUUGCUGCAAAGUGGAAUGAGGUUUAUGGUAACAAUCUGCCACCACUAGCAUUUUAUUGUUUGCUGUGCCCUGAAGAUAAAGCUGCAUUUGAUUUUGCCCUAGAAUAUAUGGACAGAAUGGCUGGUUACAAAAACUGGUUGGUGGAGAGUGCACCUGGUGAUGAAGUGCCACUGGGACACUCCCUAACUGGAUUUGCCACUGCUUACGACUUCUUGUAUAAUUCACUGGAAAAUGUGAGAAGACAAAAAUACCUGGAGAAGAUACGGUCUGCAAGUGAGGAAAUGUAUGAGUACUCAAAGGUUCGUUCCUGGGGAAAGCAGCUUCUCCAUAAUCACCAGGCAACCAAUAUGCUUGCUUUGCUCACUGGAGCUUUAGUUACGGGGGUGGACAAUGGAUCUCAGGCAAAUAUUUGGAAACACACAGUUGUUGAUGUGAUGGAGAAAACAAUGUUUCUGCUCAAUCAUAUUGUAGAUGGGUCUCUGGAUGAGGGAGUAGCUUAUGGGAGUUACACAGCUAAGUCCAUAACCCAGUACGUUUUCCUGGCCCAGCGUCAUUUUGGUAUUAAUAACUUGGAAAAUAAUUGGCUCAAAAUGCACUUUUGGUUUUACUAUGCCACCCUAUUACCAGGCUUUCAAAGGACUGUGGGCAUAGCAGAUUCUAAUUACAACUGGUUUUAUGGUCCUGAGAGCCAACUGGUUUUCUUGGAUAAGUUUAUCAUGAAGAAUGGAGCUGGCAACUGGUUGGCACAGCAAAUUAGAAAACACAGACCCAAAGAUGGACCAAUGGUGCCAUCCACCGCACAGAGGUGGAGCACAUUGCAUACCGAGUUUAUAUGGUAUGCUGCUGAAAUCACUCCUCAACCACCUCCUGACUACGGCACUGCUAAAUUGCAUGUGUUUCCUAACUGGGGAGUUGUUACUUAUGGGGCUGGAUUGCCAAACAGCCAGACAAACACCUUUGUGUCCUUCAAGUCUGGAAAACUCGGUGGACGUGCUGUCUAUGAUAUUGUCCACUUUCAACCAUAUGCCUGGAUUGAUGGGUGGAGAAGUUUCAAUCCGGGACAUGAACAUCCUGAUCAGAACUCUUUCACUUUUGCUCCCAAUGGACAGGUGUUUGUAUCUGAGGCUCUCUAUGGACCUAAACUCAGCCACCUGAACAAUGUCUUGGUGUUUGCCCCAUCUCCUACUAGCCAGUGCAACCAGCCUUGGGAGGGACAGCUUGGUGAGUGUGCCCAGUGGCUGAAGUGGAUUGGUCAUGAGGUUGGAGACUCAACUGGAGAAAUUAUAACAGCCUCCCAGUCCGGGGACAUGAUGUUUGUGAGUGGUGAGGCAGUCUCUGCUUACACAUCAGCAAUGAAAUUGAAAAGUGUAUAUCGCAUUUUGUUGCUCUUAAAUUCUCAGACAUUGUUAGUUGUAGACCAUAUCGAGAAGGAGGAAGACUCUCCUGUUAAUUCUGUCAGUGCCUUUUUUCAUAAUCUUGACAUUGAUUUUAAAUACAUACCCUAUAAAUUUAAGAACAAAUACAACGGAGCUAUGAUGGAUGUGUGGGAUGCCCACUACAAGAUGUUUUGGUUUGAUCAUCAUGGGAGUAGUCCUGUUGCUAGGAUACAAGAGGCAGAACAAGCUGCUGAAUUCAAAAAACGAUGGACUCAGUUUGUAAAUGUUACCUUUCCAAUGAAAAGCAUGCUUGCAAGGAUUGUUUACCUUUUCUAUGGCCCAUAUGUCAAUGUUUCUAACUGCAGGCUCAUUGAUAAUGCAAAGUCUGGAUUUCAGAUUUCACUCAGUGUCAACAACACUGAAAAUACGGUCUUUGUUGUGACUGAACAUCAGAAUUUAAAGACCAGGUUGGAUUACUUGGGAUUUGGUGGUUUUGCCAAAGUAGUUCAUGAAAACAAAGUAACCAAGUUUGGUCUAGGUACUGAAUCUGUGGAAAAACGAAUUAAAAAUAAUAGGGUAGUUUUCCCAUUUGGAUUCAAAGUGAACAUAAUCGCAGGGUUAAUUUUGGGUGUUAGUUUGGUCAUACUGGCUUUUCAGUGGCAGUUUUACAUAUCCUUCAGUAAAAUGUUGCGUUGGAUCCUCAUACUAGUUAUCACAUUGUGGCUUAUUGAAUUGGUGGAUGUGUGGAGCAUGUGUACCCAGCCCAUCUGUGCGAAAUGGAGCAGUGACUUGACAAGGCUAGAACAUGAUAAAGGCAAUAAAGCCAAACAAUUAGAAGGGAACCCCGUUGUUUUGCCAGAUGUUAUAAUUACUUCGCUUCCUGCCUCUGGUGCAGAAAUUUUAAAACAGGUGUUUUUCAAUAGCAGUGACUUCUUAUAUAUGAGGAUACCUACAGCCUAUCUAGAAAUUCCUGAGAGUGAAUUUGAAAUUGAUUCCUUUGUAGAUCCAUGUGAAUGGAAGGCUUCUGAUGUCCAGAAUGGUCAUUUUCAUCUUCUCAGAGGGUGGCUCCAGUCUUUAGUCCGAGACACAAAAUUACAUUUACAAAACAUUCAUUUAUAUGAAGCCAGCAGAAGUAAAAUUACUCAGCAUUCUGCUAUAAGCAAGGACAAAAAGAAGAGAUCGAAAAAGAGAGAAUCUCCAUCAGAGCAAAGAAGCAGGGCAAGAGCAAGUCAAGAUAAAGAUGCUGAAUAUAUUAGGGAAUUGAGAAGACACCUUGUCCAUUAUCCUAAUGCACGACCUGUGCUUAGUUUAAGUAGUGGGAGCUGGACAUUAAAGCUUCCCUUCUUUCAGGAAGUCCUAGGACCAUCAAUGAGAGCAUUAUAUAUAGUAAGAGACCCACGGGCAUGGAUUUAUUCAAUGUUGUACAAAAAUAAGCCAAGUCUUUACUCCUUGAAAAAAGUUCCACAACGCUUGGUUGCAAUGUUCAAAUGGGAAAAUCAUAAAGGAAAAUGUAGUCUAAGUGAAGGCUAUGCCUUUGAAUAUGAAUCAUUAAGAAAAGAACUUUCAAAAUCUAAUUCAAAUGCUGUUUCUGUGUUGUCCUAUUUAUGGCUUGCAAACACAGCAGCAGCGGUGAGAAUAAAUGGCGAUUUGCUGCCAACAAAUUAUCAGAUGGUCAAGUUUGAAGAUAUUGUGAGAUUUCCUCAGAAGAUGGCUGAAACAAUUUUUGCCUUUCUUGGUAUUCCUCUUUCUCCUGCUAGCUUAAACCAAAUAUUAUUUGCCACCUCCACCAGUCUUUUCUAUCUUCCUUAUGAGGGGGAAAUUUCACCAAGUAGCAUUCAUGCCUGGAAACAAAACAUGCCCAAGGAAGAAAUUAGACUGAUUGAAGAUAUUUGUUUUUCUUUAAUGGACCACUUAGGAUACCCAAAGUUUGUAGAAUAAAUGCUGCUGGUCAGCAGAAAUUUGCACUAAUCAUCUCUGACUCCCAAUUUGUGGAUAAAUAUUACAGAACUUUGUUUAUUCUUGUAAAAUGUGUACAGUCUGCUACUUUCAGAGAAAUUAUUUUAAGAAAAAGAUAGUUGUUCUUGCAGGUGUUUUUUGUUGUUUCUUUUUUCUUUUUUUAAUAAUAAAUAAAAACAACUUGUAACUA